AUGCAGCGAUUGCUCUGCCUUUUUGUCCUAAUUCCUUUGGCCUUGGAAGUCAAGGGAGGCUGCAAUCGUGUGCCACAGGCAGCCACCGGUGAGAGAUCGGCGGUAGAUGAUAACUUCAAGAUCCUGAUCGAUGGCAAUCCCGCCACCUAUGUGCCAGAGCAUCAGUACAACGUGUCCUUGUCUUGUCCCAUCAGUAUGAAGUUUGUGAGCUUCACCUUGGUCAUUGAGGCCGAGGAUCCGUCAGUAGGCUUGAGUGGGCUGGAUAUGAUCGGACACUUUGAGCUGCUGGGCACCACGGACACCAGAUUCAGUGUGGGUUGCGAGAACAUGGUGGAGAGCACCAACACGAAUGCGAAGACUCACAUCGAGGUCUCUUGGAUAGCACCACGUCAUCCCGACAGCGGCUGUGUUUUGAUCAAGGCGGGUGUCGUCCAGCAUCGAGAUGUGUGGUUUCUGGACGAUGGCUUCCUGACCAAGAGGAUAUGUCCUGAGGAGAUCGAUGAGCUGAAUAUCUUGACUCCACCAUUGGAGAACUGCUGUGCCUGCGAUGAAGCCAAAUAUGAGAUCGUUUUGGAACGCAAAUGGGCAAGAAAUACGCAUGCCAAGGACUUUCCUGCCGAAGCUUGGCGCACCCGGUUGGGUGAGGUUAUUGGAGCUUCACACAGUCACAGCUAUCGCUACUGGGCCUACGGAGGCAGGGCUAGCCAGGGCAUGAAGGAGAUGGCCGAGCAUGGUGCCACCCGCACUUUGGAAAAUGAGAUCAGGGAAAACACUCAGAAUGGCGAUGUAAGAACCAUAAUCAAGGCUCCGGGCAUUCCUCACCGUCUGAAUGCUUAUGGCACUACGCUGGCCAAUGCCCGAGUGGAUCCCAUGCAUCACCAGAUAUCGCUGGCAGCCAAGAUCGAUCCCUCACCCGACUGGAUACUGGGCGUGGCAGGACUAGAGCUGUGCCUGAGUAACUGCACAUGGCUGGAGCGAAAGGUGCUUAACUUGUAUCCUUGGGACAUUGGCACUGACUCUGGGCCUUCCUAUAUGUCCGCCGAUCAGCCACAGGUGCCUCCUGAUGUGGUACGUCGAAUCACCUCGUCGUAUCCCAGCGAUUACCGUUCGCCUUUUUACGAUGAGACUGGCGCUUCCAUGAAACCUAUGGCCACGCUCUACUUGACUCGGAAGAAGCUGUACAUCCGGGAGUGCGAAGAGACUAUCCAGGAUGGACCAUUGGAGUGCGCUGUGCAUCCCUGGAACGAGUGGACCAACUGCAGCACGCGCUGCGGUCAAGGCUACUCCCAGCGCUUCCGUAGUUACAAAAAUCCCAAUCUGGCAGCCAACUACAACUGCAAACAACGAUUGGAUGAGAUGCGUCAAUGCCAGGGAACUCAGUGCGGACCGGCAGAAGAGGAGUUUGAAGCUGGCGAGGGUGGCCAGGGCAUGGAAAAUUCCAUAUCGAUGGCCGAAUGCCAGCUAAGCAACUGGAGCGAGUGGUCGGCGUGCUCCAAGACUUGCGGCAGGGGAUCAUCUACUCGAACCCGCGACUACCACAAUCCGCAGUCAAGGCAGCGGUGCUUAUCCGUGAUGCGACUGCCGAUGGAGGAGACCAGACAGUGUAUGGGAUCCGAUUGUGGAGGCACCAUACCCGACAACGGCGAACUGGACGCUCUGCCUGAGCCAGGCUUGGACCAGGACAGCUACGAGGCGCACCGGCCUGCUUGGAACAACAGACAGGGAAACGCCUAUACUGGUGAUAGCCAGGCCUGGAACAGAAAGGGAUUAAAUAGCGCCAUUGACUCCAGCUACAAUCGAUCACCUUACAAUGCGAUGGAUAGCUCACAGGACAAUCAAAACACUCCCUACGGCAAGGUAGAAAAUCAGCAAAGGCCGGCAUAUAAUCUGGGAGAUAACCGAGGAGGAUCCUACGAUCGUGGAGAGGCAAGCUAUCCUUCCCUCCAUUCCUAUAGCAACGAUAAGCUGGUGGGCAGUAGACCCGGUGGUUACGGUGGUUACAACACAGAGUACACAACUCCCAGUUUUAGGCCGGCUUUUACCACACGCUCUCCGUACGGUGGAAGGUAUCCCAGUCAGCAGCAGGAACCUGAGGACUCUACCAGAAGCACCGGCAACGGCAAUGGCUACAAUGUAGUGCAGGAUUACUGCUUCGAUAAGCCCUAUGCCUCCACCCGCCCCUGCCUGGCCAAUCCGGUGGUGGUAAGCAACUACUGGUUCUACGACCACGAAGAGCACGAGUGCAAGAUCUUCACCACGGACAAUUGUGAUGAAAAUAAGAACCGAUUCCGUUCGCUGAUGGCCUGCGAGGGCACAUGUCUGCAGCCGCAGAUGAACAUGGAGCACUCCGAAAACGAUGCCAUGGAUCUGUAUGGUGGUGGAGCUUACGGCCAAGCGGGAGGUGGAUCUUAUGGGCAAACGGGAGGUUCUCAAGCAAGAGGUUCUUACGGACAAACAGGAAGUUCUUACGGACAAACAGGUAGUUCCUACGGACAAGCAAAAGGAUUUUACGGAAAAGCAGAAGGUUAUUACGGACAACCAGGGGGUUCUUAUGGACAGGCAGCAGGUUCGUACGGUCAAACAGGAAAUUCUUACGGACAAACAGAAAGUUCUUACGGACAAGCAGGAAGUUCUUACGCACAAGCAGGUGGUUCUUAUUCACAAACAGGAAAAUCUUACGGACAAACAGUAGGUUCUUACGGACAAGGGGCAGCUGGAUCAUAUGGGGAUUCGACUUACGACUCACAAUUCAGCGAAGCAGCUGGGGACAUUGGAGAACCCAUGUCGCAGACCCGAAGCAAAUAUGAUUCACCCAGAAUUGGUCGUUAUGGAGGUUAA